UCCAGUAAAUAAUAUUAAAGUGAAAGUGAAAAAAGAAACCCUGUUCUGAACUUCAGCAGAUGAUGAGGUAAACCUGAAUGACAAGAAACACAAGCGAGUUUUGUCUGCUUUGUUCACAACAUCCAUUUGCCAGUGUACUACAGCAUUUCUCAGAGAUUCUUCCUGUGGCCUUUAUUCUUCUGUGUAAAGAUGGAUGAGCCCACUAUUGAUGCUGCUGAAAUUGACAAAAUUAAAAUGUCACUAGCCAAUGAAGAUCUGCCAUCAGCUGUUGGCAAGAUUAAGGAUUACUUUGCACAACAAGACCGUGUGGAACUGAACAUUGCUGUAACAGGAGAGUCUGGAUCUGGAAAAUCCACAUUUAUCAAUGCCUUCAGAGGUUUAGGGGAUGAAGAUGAAGGCUCUGCAGAAAUUGGUGUUGUCGAGACCACUACAAAGGCUACCCCUUACCCUCACCCAAAAUUCCCAAAUGUCAAAUUGUGGGAUCUCCCUGGCAUUGGAACCCCCAGAUUCAAAGCUGAUGAAUAUCUCAAAGCGGUUCAGUUUGAAAAAUAUAAUUUUUUCAUCAUCAUUUCAGCAGAUCGUUUCAGAGAAUGCCACACCAAUUUGGCAACAGAGAUAGUAAAAAUGAAAAAGAAGUUUUAUUUUGUUCGAUCAAAGAUUGACUGCAACAUUGAGGCUGAACAGCGAAAGAAGACAUUUAACAAAGAAAAGACACUGAAUGCUAUCCGAGACAACUGCAUUAAAGGUCUAGAAGAGAUUGGUCUAAAGUCUCCUGCUGUCUUCCUCAUCUCUUGCUUCGACCUCAGUCUGUAUGAUUUCAACCGUCUUGAGGAGACCAUGGAGAGGGAACUUCCCGAGCACAAGAGAGAUGUACUGAUGUUGGCCCUUCCAAACAUCACUCUGGAGAUCAACGAGAGGAAAAAGGCGGCACUGCAGAGCAAAAUUUGGAAGGUGGCUCUGAUCUCUGCCGGGGCUGCAGCUGUGCCAAUACCUGGUUUAUCAAUCAUUGUCGAUGUGUCCAUCUUGGUGUACGAGCUUAGAAAAUAUCGCAAUGCCUUCAGUUUGGACCCAGCCUCCUUACAGAAGCUUUCUGAGAGAUCAGGGAAACCAGUAGAUGAGCUAAAAUGUGUGCUUAAAUCUCCUCUGAAUCAAGAAAUAACCAGUCCUUUCGUUAUUAAUUUGCUGAUAAGUACAAACCUUUUAGCUGUAGAAAACGCAGCAGAGUACUGGCUGGGUUUAAUUCCUGUUCUGGGAUCAGUGGCAGCUGGGUCACUGUCCUUUGCUACGGUUUACUUCAUACUGAAGCGUUGUCUGAAUGAACUUGCUGAAGAUGCCCGCAAUGUGCUCAGGACUGCUUUGCAAACAGCAGUAUAAAAAUGCAAGCAGUGUACCAUUCCACCUCGAUUGUAAAUUAUCACAAAAAAAUUUAGCCAUCAUAAUAUGAAUUUAACUUUUUAUUUUUUAUAAUUAUUGUUUGAUUAAAACAAUGAUCCAUGAGAGGGUGUGAGCUGCAGUGAUUUGGGUGGUUUUUUGGGCAUAACACAAAGUACCCGUAAGUGGUGUUAUGAGUCCCAGGGAUGGGAAACCGCAGUAACAAAUAUAUGACCUGUAUAAAGCCGGUAAAGCAGAGGAAUGAGGACACAGUGCGUCUUGUUUCCUUUCCAGAUUGCUUCUCUGUAUGAGUUAUUUAACAUCAUAUAUCAUCACGGUUACAUAAGCACAACCACUGGCGGCUCGUUAAUAGAGGCGAUUUGGGCGACGCACUCCCAAACAGGGAGGGAGGUUUUUUUUAAUCAUUCCUACUACCACGGCAACAGUAAUGUCAUU